ACAUGUCCACUUCCGUUUGGUUGUUAGUGAUCCGGAAGUUCAAGCCUAUUCCACGGCUAGCUUCAGCACGGAGCGGGCCCUUCUUCAGAAGAGCAUUCCGGAAACGAAACCCUGAGCAAGAGGAAGUGAUUAGCGUGAGCCACCAGCUAGGUGUCCGGAAGGCCUGGGCGGGUCGGCUUCCGAAUGCCGGAGCAGUUGGCGAGGUAGUCGGCUGCUGAGGGAGUGGACACUGCAGGUCUUCGGUGAAAGUCUCCGAGGGUGUCUUCAUUAGUUACAAAAAAAAAAAAAAAAAAAAAAAAAAAGAUGACUACCCUAAAAAGUUUAGAAACCAAAGGCAUUCUUACUUCGACCCCAAUCCGAGGAGCAGGAGAUGGAAUGGAAACGGAGGAACCCCCUAAGUCUGUUGAAGUCACCCCUGGAGUCCAGCCCCUAAAUCAACAUGUCCUACAGAAUCCUCGUAAGAAAGUUCUGUCAGACAGCCCAGGUGUUCUUCAGCUGGGAAAGAUUCUUACUGAAAAAGCAGUGGAAGUUGAAGCUGUGAGAAUAUUUGUUCCCAAAGCUGCUAUUACUCACGACAUCCCCACCAAAAGCACAAAGGUUAAGUCUGUAGGACAUCACAGAGAAGAACUCCACGCUCAGUCAGAGGUGAUCACAGACCCAAGGAAGGAGCUCUCAGAGGUAAAGAAGGUUUUGGAAAAGCUCAAGAAUUCUGAAAGGAGGCUACUUCAGGACAAAGAGGGUCUUUCAAACCAGCUCCGAGUACAAACAGAGGUAAACCGUGAGUUAAAAAAGUUGCUGGUGGCUUCUGUUGGAGAUGACCCGCAGUAUCAUUUUGAACGCCUAGCCCGGGAGAAAAACCAACUCAUUUUAGAAAACGAAGCGCUAGGUCGAAACACAGCUCAGCUUUCCGAACAGCUGGAACGGAUGUCAAUACAAUGCGAUGUGUGGAGAAGCAAAUUCCUUGCAAGCAGGGUAAUGGCAGAUGAAUUAACAAACUUCAGAGUAGUUUUACAGCGUCAGAACCGAGAUGCCCACAGCGCGCUACAGGAUCUCCUGAGUGAACGGGAGCAGUUUCGUCAGGAAAUGAUCUCUACCCAGAAAUUUUUGGAAGAACUCUUAGUCUCCUUACAAUGGGGAAGAGAGCAAACAUACUCCCCUAACAUGCAGCCCCACAGCACAGCAGAACUUGUACUCGCGAACCACAGGUUGGCAGAAGCAGUACAUUCUCAUCUUCUGGGGAAUGUUGGCAUUAGCCAUCAAAAGAAGAGUCCAGCAACGGCAGAAUUCUGCAAUACCCCAGCUGAGAAAAUGGCUGAAAAGGUUCUACGUAUUUUGGAUCCAGUUACCUGUACAGAAAGCUCACCAGACAACCCAUUUGCUGAAUCUUCAUCAAAUACAUUACUCACUACAAAGAAAAAUAUUGGACGUUUCCAUCCCUAUACCAGAUAUGAAAAUAUAACUUUCAAUUGCUGCAAUCAUUGCCAGGGAGAACUCAUUGCUCUUUAAUGCAUGCUAUUGGAGGCAUGCUUAGUACCCCACAGUCAUUAUUUGGUACCUGGGGUUCUCAUGCUUGAAAUAAAAUCAGUUCAUCUUUAUAUAAUAUAUAUUUAUGAAGAUAUUUUAUGUACUGGAUUCCAGAUUAUUUUUUCUUAAUAAGUAUCUCGGAAUAAGAAAAGGUAAAGCUAUGUAGAUAUGUUUAAAGUACAAAAAACUUCCCAUUUAGUACAUAGUAUUUGUGGUAAAAAACUAAAAAGACUUUAUAACUUUCUUUUAGGCCCUAAGUUAUUAUUUUGUGUUAUGUAUUUUAUAGAAACUAUAAACAGGUUUCAUUUCGGUGCUUAAAACAAAAACAGGGAAACUAUAACUGUAAAAUGGAUGUGGCCACAUCCGUCCCAUUCCUUUUGUCUAGGCUGCUUUCCUGUACAGCAGCAGAGUCCAAUGUGUGGCUAGCAAGGCCCAUUCUUUUAAAGAGCGUGUUUUCUAGUGCAAUAUCUGGGGUACAGAAAAAAGGGAUGUGCGUUCCCUUUAUGGUCACAUUGGGGGUAUAAAACAGGCCUUCAGAAACGCUGGGGUAAGGGAUGAAUCUUUCUAUACAAAUGUUAGAAAAAUAAAAAAGUAUUUUAGAGCCACAAAAAUACUUCAGCAAGUGUUCCAGGCUGUUUGUUUUUGCAAAGUGUUCUAUCCUCCACAUGGUUACAAUUUGAAAACAAAAAGGAAACAGGUUCAUAAUUACCAACAUUGACAUGUACAGCAUGAUGGGAAUAUCUAUGUAGUUUGAUAAUAUAAUGAUGGAAAAUGAGUCUCUAGAAAAAAAUGUAAUCCAUCAGUUUAUGUAUAUUAUAAAAUAUAUUAUUAUAUAAGGUAUCAUAGGAUGCCCAUUAUUUACCUUUAAAUAUUCACAAAAAUCUGCCAUCAAAAAAUAUACCAAAUUUUACAAAUUAGUUGGAGCAAUGCCUAGCAGAGAACUCUUCAAAAGGCAAAUCUGGUCAAAUUAAAGUAUUCUUCUAUGUCAAAACCUAUUUUUUGUCUGACUCAUCUGAGCCAUUUUUAUAGCUUUAAGUGGCAAUAAACUUCUCUAUUUC